AUGAUCCAAGCCAUCUUGAUCUUCAACAACCACGGCAAGCCCCGGCUGUCCAAGUUCUACCAACACUGCGAUGAGGAACAACAGCAGCGGGUGGUGCGCGAAUGCUUCCAGGCUGUGUCCAAACGACCAGACCACGUGUGCAACUUCCUCGAAACAUCAAACCUGUUCAAAUCAAACGACAGCAGACUAAUCUACAGGCACUACGCGACGCUCUUCUUCGUCUUUGCCGUGGAUUCCUCAGAGAGCGAGCUGGGCAUCCUCGACUUGAUACAGGUGUUUGUGGAGACACUGGACAGGCAAUUUGAGAACGUUUGCGAGCUGGACCUCAUCUUCCACGUCGACAAGGUGCAUCACAUCCUGGACGAGAUUGUGAUGGGCGGCAUGGUGCUGGAGACAAACAUGGGAGAGGUGCUGUCACACGUGGAAGAGCAGGCAAAGAUGCUCAGAUCAGAGAGCAGCUCGUUCUUGCAGGCAAUGAAGGGGUCAAAGGCGGCGAGCAAAGUCAAAUCCAUUGGCUCUCGCCUCGGCCACUGA